AUGCAUGAAGCAGCUGUCAAGUUAAACGUUGUAACAUACACGAUGUUGCUUGAUGGACUAUGUGAAGAAGGGAAGAUAAAGGAAGCCGAAGAAGUUUUUAGGGUGAUGCAGAAAGAUGGUGUAGUCCCUAAUGAGAAAAGCUAUACAGCUCUUGUUCGUGGUCAUAUUGGAGCAAAAAGGAUGGCAGAUGCCAUGGAUGUUUUGACACAAUUGAGUGAAAAUAAGAUCAAAUUUUAUUUGAUGCUUUAUGGAACUAUAGUCUGGGGUCUUUGCAAACGGGGAAAGUUUGGAGUUGAAUGUUGCAAUGAAGACUAG